UCCAUUGAUUUACUGCUCCUCUGUGAAUUCUUAUGUUAUUCCAUUUCUGGCUAUUGAUUAGCUUAUAUUUUAUCAUUGCUUUUAUUUGGAGGCCUCAUCUUAAGAUGUGCUGAGUUGACUUGUUUUUAUACUAAAUUUCGAUUCUCUUUUCUGGUUUUGUUCAAAUUUGCAAUCAUAUUUUGGGCUUCCGGAAAAUUUCCCAGCAGACUUAAAAUUAAGACACAAUCAUAAGAGGUAGCACCGUAGCAUUUAUUUAGGAUGAAUUUGGCAGCAUUUGUAUAAUGUAAGUCUAGAGUGGGCAACCGAAACUUGCAACAAACUUUUGAGAAAUUUGUAUUGUGAUCUUGCUUAGGUUUUGGUUUUUUCGGGUACAACAAAACGUUUUGUUUGGUAAGGUGUCGUUGGUCAAUCUUAAAAUCUAGUGGGCUCAAACGAACCACAAAAAUCACUAACUAAAACAUUCAAGCAGAACAAGAAGGAAUAGAGAAGGGGGGGAAUAAAAAUCUUGGACAAGAAUUUGCCUGGGAGUGAAGUCUAGAUCUGCAAAUCAGCUACUGAGAGUAAAUUUGUGGGUAGAUAUGGAGAUAAUACUUGGUGUGGUUUUUUUUUUUUGGAAGUCCAUCACUCACUCGUCCUUCUUUCCCUCCUUUCAUUUCCCAAGGUAGCACACGAUCAUGAACCCAAUUGGAGAAAGAAUGACAAAGAGAGAGACAUUGGAGAAUGAAGAGGAAAGUUUACUGAAGAAUGAGAAUAAUGGAACAGAUAAUGACCCCAAGGUUAACUACAGAGGGUGGAAGGUCAUGCCCUUCAUUAUAGGAAAUGAGAUUUUUGAGAAGCUAGGAGCCAUUGGCACCUUAUCCAAUCUCUUGGUCUAUCUCACUACGGUAUUCAACUUGGGAAACAUCACAGCUACAAAUAUUAUAAACAUCUUCAAUGGCAGCACCAACUUUGCCACAUUACUAGGAGCUUUUUCCUCUGAUGCCUAUUUUGGUCGCUACAAGACACUAGCAUUCUGCACAUUGGCUUCCUUUCUGGGUUUGCUUGUAAUACAACUGACAGCGGCAAUUGAGAAGUUGCAUCCACCUCACUGUGAAGAGAACGCCAUAUGCCAAGGGCCAACGGAGAAGCAAAUGACAUUUCUAAAGAUUGGUUUAGGAUUACUGAUGGUAGGAGCUGCAGGGAUCCGACCAUGUAACUUAGCAUUUGGAGCUGAUCAGUUUAAUCCUAAUACAGAUUCUGGGAAAAAGGGGAUCAAUAGCUUCUUCAAUUGGUACUUUUUCACUUUCACUAUUGCUCAGUUGGUAUCCUUAACAAUUAUUGUCUAUAUACAGUCAAAUGUAAGCUGGUCAGCAGGUUUGGGAAUUCCUGCAGCUUUGAUGCUCUUAUCUUCUGUAAUCUUCUUCAUGGGCUCCAAAAUGUAUGUGAAAGUUAAACCAAGUGGUAGUCCUGUAACUAGUAUAGUGCAAGUUAUAGUGGUUGCAACAAAGAAAAGGAGGCUAAAGCUUUCAGAAUAUCUAUAUCCUUCCCUCUUCAACUAUCUGGCUCCCAAGUCAACGAAUUCUAAACUUCCCUAUACAUAUCAAUUCAGGUUCCUUGACAAAGCAGCGAUCAUGACUCCACAAGAUCAAAUAAAUCCCAAUGGAUCUGCUACUGAUCCUUGGAAUCUUUGUAGUAUGCAGCAAGUGGAAGAGGUGAAAUGCUUGUUGAGGGUGUUACCCAUAUGGGUUUCAGCCAUUUUGUACCAUGUUGUUAUUGUCCAACAGCACACUAUUUUAGUGUUCCAAGCCCUUCUAUCCGACAGGCGUAUUGGGAGAAGCAAGUUCAUGAUCCCGGGAGCAUCCUAUUAUGUCUUCCUGAUGAUUAGCAUGACACUAUGGUUACCCAUAUAUGACCGAAAAGUUGUGCCUUUUCUUCAAAGGCUCACCCGAAAAGAGGGUGGUAUCACACUCCUCCAGAGGAUGGGAAUUGGCAUAUUCUUCUCUAUACUAAGCAUGCUAGUAUCUGCCGUGGUUGAAGAGCACCGGAGAACUCUGGCUCUUACUAAACCUCUAACUCUAGGAAUGGAAACGAGAAAAGGUGCAAUUUCAUCAAUGUCAGGUCUGUGGCUGAUUCCUCAGCUGGCAUUGGCUGGACUUGCUGAAGCAUUUAUGUCUGUUGCACAAGUUGAAUUUUACUACAAACAAUUUCCUGAGAACAUGAGAAGCAUUGCAGGUUCUCUUUACUACUGUGGCCAUGCAGGUUCAAGUUAUUUGAGUAGUAUGCUUAUUUCAGUUAUCCACCAAACCACUGCCAGAUCUGAAACUGGGAGUUGGUUGCCGGAGGAUCUUAACAAAGGGAGAUUGGAUAACUUCUAUCGCAUCAUUGCUGCUCUAGAAAUUAUGAAUUUAGGAUACUUUGUGUUGUGUGCAAAGUGGUAUAGGUACAAAGGGACGGACAACAGUACCAUUGAACUUGAUAAAGUGACAAAACAAUCUGAAAGAACUGCUAAUGGUGUUUAAUGAUUCCAUUCUAUAACUAUCGCGUAGAAAUAGGCUACAGCAAUCUUUCAUUCAUCCGUGGCCCAACAAUGAAAUCUGAUGUUCAUCAAGUGGAGCCACAACCAGCAUGAAGGUCAAAGUUAUAUAGAGUAUAGCAACAAAAACCCAGUCACUGACUUUGUGCUCUUUCAAUUAGAUAGUUCUUAGUAUCUAAUAUGUAGAUGUGUGAUGACAUACAUUAUUCUUACUUUAGUGAAGGGUACCUUUAUCCAAGACGUUUGUAUUAAAGCACUUAAUGUAAGAAAAAAGAAA